GAAAGGUGGAAAGAACAUGGAGAAAAUCCUGAUUCGCCCAACAGCCUUCAAACCAGUGUUGCCCAAACCUCGAGGGGCACCGACCCUGCCUAGCUUCCUGGGUCCUCGAGCUGCCGGGCUGUCUGGAAGCCAGGGAAGCCUGACACAGCUGUUUGGAGGCCCUGCCUCCUCCUCCUCUUCUUCCUCCUCCUCCUCAGCUGCUGACAAGCCCCUAGCACUGAGUGGCUGGACCAGCGGCUGCCCUUCAGGGACGCUGUCUGACUCUGGCCGAAAUUCACUAUCCAGCCUACCCACCUACAGCACGGGGGGUGCCGAGCCAGCCACCAGCUCCCCGGGCAUGCACUUCUCCUCCCACGGGCGGGGGGCACUGCCUGGGCCAGCCCGAGGGGCCCCUACUGGGCCAUCCCACUCCGACAGUGGCCGCUCCUCCUCCAGCAAGAGCACAGGUUCCUUGGGGGGCCGUGUGCCUGGGGGACUCUUGGGCAGUGGGCCUCGGGCUUCCCCUGAUAGUUCCUGUGGGGACCGCUCACCCCCACCACCACCACCUCCCCCUCCUUCGGAUGAAGCCCUUCUGCACUGUGUUCUGGAAGGACAGCUUCGAGACCGGGAGGCAGAGCUGCAGCAGCUGCGAGACAGUCUGGAUGAGAGCGAGGGUGCCACAGGCCAGGAAUUCCGGCCAAGGCACUGGCCCCGAGAACGUGAGGACUGCACAGCACAGGCCCAGCAGGCCACACAGAGGGCACAGCGGACUCAGCAGCUGCUGCAGCUGCAGGUGUUCCAGCUGCAGCAGGAGAAGCGGCAAUUGCAGGAUGAUUUUGCACAGCUGCUGCAAGAGCGUGAGCAGCUGGAGCGGCGCUGUGCUACCUUUGAGCGAGAGCAGCGAGAGCUUGGGCCACGGCUAGAGGAGACCAAGUGGGAGGUAUGCCAGAAGUCAGGUGAAAUCUCUCUACUGAAGCAGCAGCUGAAGGAGUCUCAGGCAGAGCUGGUUCAGAAGGGCAGCGAGCUGGUGGCUCUGCGGGUAGCACUGCGGGAGGCCCGGGCUGCCCUGCGUGUCAGUGAGGGCAGGGCCAGGGGCCUGCAGGAGGCAGCCCGAGCCCGGGAGCUCGAGCUGGAGACCUGUUCCCAGGAGCUACAGCGGCACCGCCAGGAGGCUGAGCGACUUCGGGAGAAAGCUGGCCAGUUGGACACAGAGGCAGCCGGGCUCCGGGAGCCUCCUGUGCCACCUGCUGCUGCUGACCCAUUCCUCCUGGCAGAGAGUGAUGAAGCCAAGGUGCAGCGGGCAGCCGCUGGGGCCGGAGGCAGCCUGAGGGCGCAGGUGGAAAGGCUGCGCACUGAGCUGCAGCGGGAGCGGAGGCGAGGUGAAGAACAGAGGGACAGCUUUGAGGGGGAGCGGAUGGCCUGGCAGGCUGAGAAGGAGCAGGUGAUCCGGUACCAGAAGCAACUGCAGCACAACUACAUCCAGAUGUACCGGCGCAACCGGCAGCUGGAACAGGAACUGCAGCAGCUCAGUCUGGAGUUGGAGGCCCGUGAGCUUGCUGACCUGGGCCUGGCUGAGCCCACCCCCUGCAUCUGCCUGGAGGAGAUCACUGCCACAGAAAUCUAGAGCUUCAUCUCCACAAGGAGCACAGCCCAAGAAGAUGCUGCCAAUGCCACUGCUAGCCAUUGUCCUAUUUGCCCGCCCACCCUAGCCAGGGGAGCUAGGAAGAGGAAGGGGCUCCCUCAUCUCCACAUUCCCUUCACUCCCAAAGCCAGAGAGAGCCAGAUGGCACCAGCUGCUCCCGAUGUGCCUGCCCCUACCCUGCCCAUGUUGGGGAACAGGGCUGGGACUGGGGGCCGACCCCCCCAUCCCAGCUCUGAAAUCCUUGUUCUGGGCUAAGGGGGCUGAAGUCAGACCAAAGGAAGAACUCAGCAAUGUCUUGUUUAUUUGUGUUUGUGACCAAGCAGACCCACCCAACACCCAGGUUUAUGGCCUCGUUUUCACUUGUAUAUUUUUCACACUGUAAAUUUCUUGUACAAACCCAAAGAAAAAAAAUUAAAAAAAUUUUUUUUGUUUUUAAAAAAGGU